UCGAUGCACAACGUCCGAAAUGGCGAUAGCAACUGCUUGUGUGAGACGAAUUGUUGUGUUUUCGCUAGUAUGUCGUAUGUGAGACCUCAUACAAACAGGUGCUUUUCAAUUGCGCAUGCUCACUAUUUGUCGAACAGCAAAAGCGUCAAAAUGGCGGAUUCAUUGAGAAGACUGGUGAAUAUUGGAACUUUUAAUGUUCUGCAGGAAAAGUUAGAAAGAUGGUUGGACAAUUACUAUUUGAACACAUGUGACCAAAAUGUUGCCAGAGGCUGUGAAAUCAUCGAGCUCAACUCUAAGGUGCAGGGACAGCUCUUCAAACUUCUUAGCGUAUGCGCACAGGAAGGUGGUAUGUAUGGAGGGGCAAGUGUUAUUAAGUCCCGCCUCCUACCAUUCCUGGGCCAGAACUUUUUCACAUCCGGUGCAACGACUGACACAAGCCUCUCAGUAAUUGCUGAAGCCACUGCCAAGAACAGAGAAAUUGACGAAAUACAAGACCAGUAUGAAGAGAGCUUGAGGGAUUUAGAAUGUGAUCUCAGAGCUAAGGAACUGGAAAAUCAGGAUCUUAGAGAUGAACUUAUAGAAGCAAAAGACGAUUUAAAUCGUAGUAUUCGAAACUCGUCUAGCGCAAAAAUAAUCGAAGAUAUGGAAGUACGAGAGCUUAGGAGAAAACUAGCUGCUGCAGAAGAUGAGCUGCGAAACUUGAGAGCAAAGGCGGGAAUUUUAUCCGACUAUGACAUUCAAGUCCGUAGACUGCGGGAAGACAUUGCUCUGCUCACUGGACGCAGAGAUGCUCUUUUGCGUAGCUCUACGACCUUGAGAGAAGAGCUACCAUCUUAUAGACCAUCCACCCCGUCAAAGUUUAAAUCUGAAGACCCCCCUCUCUCCGGUGACACCAUAGAUUCUCUAUCCAAGUACCGCUACACACCACGUGUAAGCUCUCCACUCUCAAUGGAUGAUCCUGUCCAGCGUGUAAGGGAGACGAACCUGAUUUCCCGCUGGAAUGAUCUGUUCUCUCAGGACCGCCUCGAUGCCAUGGAUACGCUCAGGACAGCCUUUAUCAAUUAUGAGUACCCUCCGGAUCAUGAGAACAUUCAGAGAAUCGUUUUCGAAGCUGUAAAGGAAUCCUUCAAUGUAGCAAAGACAGCAUUCCGUCAGUUUAAGAUGAAGGUUCGAUCCAAUCUUGCCAUUACCCACACGGGUCCCGAGACGCUUGAAGAAGCUGUACAAGAUUACAUAAACCGCAAUGUGGACCUCUAUGAUGCUCCAGGAAUGGUGUCGACAUUUAAUGGAUUGGGUACCGUUAGCCUCUGGGAUGUGAUCCGCAAGUUGAAUGUCAACCCAAGCAUCUUCCUCCCACGGGAUACCACCUUUGCCGUCAUACAGCCAUUUAUCCGUGAAUGUGUCAAAGUCGCCUGGCAGAUGAGUGCUCUAGCUCACUCUCUUGAUAUUUCAGUAGCCUCAAAGGCAGAACUCUUUGAUGAUACAAAAUACCGUCGCAGCUAUGACUCAGAGUACACGGCACCUCUUGUGAACCACCACAUCUGGCCAUGUCUGGCACAAGGGCCUCACAUUAGGAUGAAGGGAGAGUGCUGCACCAGGAGAGGGGCCUCAUUGCACAAUAUCACAAGAGAACAAGAAUUGUCAAGAAGAAGUCGUAGCCCAACCCGCUCUCGUUCAGUGAGCCCAGGUCCCCGCUCCCGAUCCCGUUCCCGCUCACAGAGCCCAACACGUCGCAGCCGUUCCCCUAGUCCCCGUCGGUCAGGGUUCCAGCAGGUAUACUAAGAUUUAAAGCAGCGUUUUAUCAUGCAGCAAAUUGGACUUUUAGUGACAAAUAUUUUUGUUGAAAACAUUGAAUCAGGAAAUGUAGAAGUUGUGUAGGAAAUUUGAGUUGCGCAAGAGAGCUUUUUGUUUAUAUUAACGCGUUAUUUAUUAGUCGUUUUAGUUAAUUUCUUAACAAAAGCAUUUUAUAAUAACUAUUAAUUUGACAUUUAUAAACUGAAAUUUUAUAUCAAAAUUUUUCUAAGAUUUUAGAUUUUAAAUUGUUAGCGAUGAAAGAAUUUAUACAAGAAAAACAGAUUGAAAAGGGGGUGAUAUGCUUUUGUUUUGAAAUGAAAGUAUUUACUGCAAAGUGUAGAAAUGUUUUUGACAAUGUAUGUUUUUUAUCAUGAUUGUAGAUAAAACAAUGGAUUUUGUAGAGUUGUUUUUUUUUUUACAUUAUGAAUGUUGUUGUAUUUAUAUUUAUUCACUAGUUUUUGUAAUCACUGGAACAGUUUGGGUAGAUUUAAUUGUUUAUAUAUUUUUCAGUUCAACAGGGUUGCAUAAUUACAAUAUUGCGGUAUCCUUUAUUCUUUUUCUAUGAUUAUUUCAAAGUAAGCAAAAGGGAUGUUCGAGUCUUUUUAAAGAGUUUAGAAAGACGGAAAGAAAAAAAAAUAUUAUUUUCAACUGUGCAUAGAAAAAGCCUUAAUUUAAAUCAGUAAAAGGCAGAAAAUUGUACAUUAAAUCCGUAAAAGGUGAAAAGAUGUAUGUUAAAUGGCCUCUUGAAGAAUUAGUUGUUCUUUGAAGGAAAAGAUCCCAGCCCUGUCUGAGACAAUUUAUCCUGCAUCGGAAGUGCUGUUUUACUUAAUUCACAUACAAUUGUAGUAUUUUAAUACAUAUAAUCAGUGUUACUAAUUCACAUGUUACUCAUUGAAUUUGAUACUAGAAAAUGUUCGCACAGACAUAAAAGGUAGUUAAACAUUUGCAUAACAGAUCUCUGUUGAGUCUACAAUUUAGGGAAAUAUGAUUAUUUCCAUAUUCAGUGAAUAUCUAAAAUGGGGCCAAAUGUUUGCUGUUGAUAUUUUAGUUCAUACAUUUCAAACAUAUUAACUAACAGUGACAUGUUAUGAUAUUUUUAACUGACACCAUAUGAGGGAAUAUCUGCUUUUCAUCAAAGCGUAUAUUUUAGAAUUCUUUCAGUUGUUUUAUAAUACUGUAGAUAUAUAGCAAAAAAGUUAUUUUCUAGCAAUGUUUUAUAGCAGAUAGAUGAAAUGCAGCUCUUUAAUCUUGAAAAAUUAUAUGAUUUAGCAAAACUUACUCUCAAAGCUUUCAGAAUUUUUGGUUAACCCUCAUAUGUUGAGAUUUUGUUGAUUGUACAUGUAUAUAAGGUUUAGGGAAAAAAGUUUGCAGUGUGUACAUGUUGUUAUGCAUAUAUUCAUAAUUUUUCCUGUUAUUUUUAAAGAAAAAUAAUUCAUCUCUCAUUCACUGUGAAGAAAAUUUAAAUUGUUUUUAUUUAUUUUCUUUGGAAGUUUAAGUGAAAUUGAUCAAAGUUAAGCCAAUGCAUCCAACUCACAUGUAGCUAAGAUUUCUAAAAUCAUGAAUGUCCUGGGAACAUUGACUUCAACAGUGAGAAAACCAGGAAGUAUUAUAGUUCAAAACUAAAGUUACAUAAUACAUUAUAUGUUCAAUACAUAAUCCAUACACCAUUUUAUAACAGUUAUUUGUCAGAUUACAAGUAGCAGUAUUAGCUUAUAGUAUAUGAAGCAAUUUAUUUAUUAACCACUUUCUGCUGGAAGUCCGUCCAACUGCCAUCAAUUUAUUCCGUCCAAGUCUGUUUUCUUUCUAGAAAACUGAACUUUAUAUUUUAACAGCAUAUAAAAGUAAAGAAAUAUUAGCUACUUUUCAUUUGUUAGGUCUGUGAUAUUUUCGCCAGAUUUUGCUCUUUUGUUAGAACCUUAGAGUGGUCGAUCAUAUUUUGGUUUGUUAAGUUUUCAGUUUAUUGUACACUUGUGAUAUCUACCAAGCGUGUGAUAUUUUAAAAUCAGUUGACCAGUUUAGCUUUGUUUAACAUUUUAACUUUACUUCAUAUAUUUUUACAAUGAAAGUUUUUGAAAAUUGUACUGAUAUUAGAUAGGUUUCACAGAAUAAAAUAAAAAAAGAAAAGAA